UUUAAGUAAUCAUAUUUCAUUCUUGUCACUUCCGUUCAUCUUUAGAAUAUUUAAACAACGAUUUUCGUUGUCGAUUUUUUUUUUGUUUCCGCUGAAUUCUUUGACUAUGAGUUGUUAUUCUGUCACGAGUGGCUCAAAGUCACUUGUCGAUCCUUCAUGGGAAUAUAUCGAUCCAACACCUGAUAUCUUCGCAAUGUUUCGGGAAUUCGACAGAACCUUCUUUGGAGGAACUUUGUCUCGAGUGGAACUGAAGUGGAGCAAACGAAUGACAUCGUGUGCUGGUUUGAUGGCACCAUUAGAAGGUAAAGGUGGAGCCUGUUCAAUACGCUUGAGUGAGCCACUUCUCAAAUUGAGACCACGAAAAGACUUGGUGGAAACGUUACUUCACGAAAUGAUACAUGCCCACCUCCAUGUCACCAAAUGUCGAGAAAGUGACCCCCAUGGUCCAAAAUUCAAGGAACACAUGAACCGUAUAAACAAAGCUACCGGUGCCAAUAUAACUGUUUACCACAACUUUGUUGAUGAAGUCAACCUUCAUAAACAACAUUGGUGGCGUUGUAAUGGACCUUGUCAAAACUGGAAACCAUUUUAUGGCUGGGUGAAACGAGCCAUGAAUCGAGCGCCUUCCAGAAAUGACUUUUGGUGGGAACAGCACCGUAUGACUUGUGGAGGACAGUACAUUAAAGUGAAAGAACCAGAAAGUUAUGGUAAAAAGAAAGAAAGUAAACUUUCAAAAACAGACAAAAAAUCUCCUUUGAAGAAUGGAAAUAUUUUGGCAAUGAUUAAAAAGAAGUAUAAUUUGAACAAGCCAAAACCAACAGUGAUAUCAUCUAAGACUACAAACAAAUCUGAGAAAAGUUCACCCAAAGGGUCAGGCAUCCAUUCUCCAUUGAAGAAACACAACAAUUCAGUUCCUAUUAAGAAUGCAAGCUCUACCAUUUCUUCAUGUAAUACUCCAGAGUCCUCAUCAAGUUCUUCUAAAGAUGUUAAAACAGUUGGUAAAAGUACAAGUCAAUCAUCCAUGAAUAACUUUUUGGGACAGCUUCAUAAAGAUACACUGCAACGGAAGAACACGUCUCAGACUAAUGGAUGUAGUUCAUUUACAGCAACAAAUAAAGAUACUAUGGAGAAGAAACGUCCAAAUGUAAGUGAAAGCCAAGCGAACUACAAUGCCUCAGUUGUUAAAAAAAGAAUGUCAAGCUCUUCUACUUCUACAUAUGAUACCUCAGAAUCCUUGCCAAGUUCCUCCAAAGAUGCUAAAACUGUUGGUAGAGGUACAAGUGAGUCAGCUAUGAAUAACUUUCUGGGACAACUUCAUAAAGAUAAACUGCAACGUAACUGCAUGUCUCAGACCAAUGGAAAUGGUUCGUUUACAGGGAUAAAUAAAAGAGUAUCUGAAAAAGAUUCUGGUCUUAAAUAUGUGGAGAAGAAACGCUUAAAAGUAAGAGAAGAUGAAUCAUUCAGAUCUUCAAAAGACACAAACAGAAAGCUUCCUAUCGAUGAAUCCACAUUUCUCUCUGAGUUAAUUGAUGAUAAAAUAAAGCAAAAUAUCCCAAACCAUCCCAAAAAUUCUUUAAAAGAUGGUAAUGAAUUACCAUCCUCUUCUCAAACACAUUUGCUCUUUGAUAAGCAUCGAAACAAUUCAUCACCUACCGAAAGGAAAACUAAGACUUCUGUACAUAAAACCAUUAGUUCCUCUGUUAAUAAAGAACACAAUUUUUUUUCAGAUUCACCUCAUAAUAAACACAAACGUAAUAAAGCAUCAACAACAGUUGGAAAAAGUCCUAAAGUUCGAAACGCUUUCCCAAAUUCUGAUCUAACAUCCGCUGAAAAUAAAAUGAAUACACAUUCUACUUCAGAAAGUUUGAAUUCUGUAAAUAACUCUUCUAUUAAAAACUAUUUUGAUUGUAGUACGUCAGACCAUUUGGCAGCGAGAGGCAGUAAUAAUUCCAAUCCCAUUAUUAUUGACAAUUCUGAUGAUUCCAAUUCUGAUAUCGUAAAUGUACCUUGUCCUGUCUGUGAAAAACGUGUGCCUGAAAAUCUUAUUAAUCAACAUUUAGAUGAGUGCCUCUCUAUGAAAUAGAAAAUGUAAUUUAUUCGAUGUUUAACUUAGAAUUGAAAGACAUCAACAUUUACACAAAUAAAAACGUAUCUAUUUAUAA